GUUCCGUCUGGACGACUACGCCGUGGAGGUGAAGCUCAACGACUACCUGGACAUCGUCUGCCCCCACUACCCCCAGGGCGAGGUGCCCCUGCUGGACGCCGAGCGCUACGUGCUCUACAUGGUGGAGCGCGAGGACUACGACACCUGCAAGCCGCAGUCGUACGACCAGAUGCGCUGGGAGUGCAGUCACCCGUUCUCCCCCCACGCUCCGGAGAAGUUCUCCGAGAAGUUCCAGCGGUUCACUCCGUUCACGCUGGGGAAGGAGUUCCGGCAGGGAGAGAGCUACUAUUAUAUCUCAAAGCCUCUGCACCACCACGGUCAGGAGUGUCUCCGCCUCCGAGUGGACGUCAUAGCAGCUGAUGGCUCUCAGGAGGCCAGAGUCUCCAAAGGAGGCCGGAGUGGAGGUGUGGCCGGAGCAGGAGGCGGAGUCCACAACCCCUCCAACAGACUGCCUGCAGCAGACGACCCGGUGGUGGUUCUGCCAGACCUUCAGAAGAGCGUACGGACCAACGCCGCCGCCGCCCCGGCGCUCUCGGCGCUGUCGGCGCUGCUUCCCGUUUCUGUGCUGCUGCUGCACUGAGGGGUUUCUUUGUAUUUUCGUGUGAAGCUCUACGAUGAAGAAAGCCUGCGGGUUGGGACCAUCGGCGGGUUGGGACCAUCGGCGGGUUGGGGACCAUCGGCGGGUUGGGGACCAUCGGCGCGCCCGGUGCUGGCCACGGGGACAGACUCCGUCACAGAGAGACUCGAGGAACUUCAAAGUUUGGGAGCUUCGUCCCACUUUUUCAUCAAAACUUUUCUUCUUCUGUGAAAGACAAAACUCACUUUGAGUUUAAUUUUAUGGAGGACGCUCUAAAAAAAACACAAAAAAACCCGGGAAAACGCCUUCAUAAACUUUAAAAAAAGAUGUGAAGCAGAACAAACCUCAGACGACCAACGAUGAAAUCCGGGAGAUCCGUCAGUUUUAGAGGAACCAAAGACCCGCCCUCACGUCCAGUCCUGCUGUGGUUCACGUCCUCCAUGUCUGGACCUUCUCUACAUGUAGCAUCACAGGAGCUCGGCUGGUUUCUGCUCCUGUUCAGUAAACUCCGUACGAACUUUC